AAAAACUACACAGCCCCCAAGAAGCCCCGGAAACAGCCGGUGGCGUCAGUCAAGUGGACCGCCGAGGAGGACGAGCGCCUGCGUGAGGUGGUCGCUGCACAAGGGGCCAAAAACUGGCGUCGCGUGGCGGAGAUACUGGACUGCCCUGGCCGCACGGACGUUUCGUGCCAACACCGGUGGAAUAAAGUGCUGCGGCCGGGCCUGAAGCGUGGCGCGUGGACGGAGGAGGAGGACGCGGUGGUGAAGAAGAUGGUGAUGGCGACGGGUCUGGAGGAGAUCCGGUGGUCGGUCGUGGCGGACGCCUGCCCCGGGCGCAUGGGGAAGCAGUGCCGCGAGCGCUGGUUCAACCACUUGGACCCGGACAUCAACCGGGCGGAGUGGAGUCCCGAGGAGGACAGGAUUCUCUACGAGACGCACCUGGUCUUCGGAAACCGGUGGACCGAGAUCGCCAAAUUCGUCCCAGGGCGGACGGAGAAUGCGGUCAAGAACCGGUGA